UCGACUAUUCUCUCGUGGACAACGAUUGCUAUUGUGAGAGCUCCUGUCCUGGUUUCGGUCAUGAUGAGCGUCAUCGAGUUGUCAUCAGAGUAUCGCAGACAGUACCACAGGCACGAAUUAUCGCGCCAGCCGAAUUUGAAACCAACACAAAGGCCAGUCAAGACAGAAGAACUCGCGGACGGUCUCACUACCAACAGGAAAGAUUACAUUAGGUACGAUGAAGCGCCCCCUAAAUCCUGCAAACCACAAAAUACGCCUAUUAAAGCAGAAGAACCCGCGGACAGUCUCACCACCAACAGAAAAGAUUACAUUAGGUACGAUGAAGCGCCCCCUAUAUCCUGCAAACCACAAAAUACGCCUAUUAAAGCAGAAGAACCCGCGGACAGUCUCACCACCAACAGGAAAGAUUACAUUAGGUACGAUGAAGCACCAUCUAAAUCCUGUAAACCACAAAAUACGCCUAUUAAAGCAGAAGAACCCGCGGACAGUCUCACCACCAACAGGAAAGAUUACAUUAGGUACGACGAAGUACCACCUAAAUCCUGCAAACCACAAAAUACGCCUAUUAAAGCAGAAGAACCCGCGGACAGUCUCACCACCAACAGGAAAGAUUACAUUAGGUACGACGAAGUACCACCUAAAUCCUGCAAACCACAAAAUACGCCUAUUAAAGCAGAAGAACCCGCGGACAGUCUCACCACCAACAGGAAAGAUUACAUUAGGUACGACGAAGUACCCCCUAAAUCCUGCAAACCACAGCACACGCCAAUCAAAGCAGAAGAACCCGCGGACAGUCUCACCACCAGCAGGAAACAUUACGUGAGGUACGACGAAGCACCAUCUAAAUCCUGCAAACCACAAAAUACGCCUAUUAAAGCAGAAGAACCCGCGGACAGUCUCACCACCAACAGGAAACAUUACGUGAGGUACGACGAAGCACCAUCUAAAUCCUGCAAACCACAAAAUACGCCUAUUAAAGCAGAAGAACCCGCGGACAGUCUCACCACCAACAGGAAACAUUACGUGAGGUACGAUGAAGCACCCUCUAAAUCCUGCAAACCACAAAAUAUGCCUAUUAAAGCAGAAGAACCCGCGGACAGUCUCACCACCAACAGGAAAGAUUACAUUAGGUACGACGAAGUACCACCUAAAUCCUGCAAACCACAAAAUACGCCUAUUAAAGCAGAAGAACCCGCGGACAGUCUCACCACCAACAGGAAACAUUACGUGAGGUACGACGAAGCACCAUCUAAAUCCUGCAAACCACAAAAUACGCCUAUUAAAGCAGAAGAACCCGCGGACUGUCUCACCACCAACAGGAAACAUUACGUGAGGUACGACGAAGCACCACCUAAAUCCUGCAAACCACAAAAUACGCCUAUUAAAGCAGAAGAGCCCGCGGACAGUCUCACCACCAACAGGAAACAUUACGUGAGGUAUGACGAAGCACCCCCUAAAUCCUGCAAACCACAAAAUACGCCUAUUAAAGCAGAAGAGCCCGCGGACAGUCUCACCACCAACAGGAAACAUUACGUGAGGUACGAUGAAGCACCCUCUAAAUCCUGCAAACCACAAAAUACGCCUAUUGAAGCAGAAGAACCCGCGGACAGUCUCACCACCAACAGGAAACAUUACGUGAGGUAUGACGAAGUACCACCUAAAUCUUGCAAACCACAAAAUACGCCUAUUAAAGCAGAAGAACCCGCGGACAGUCUCACUACCAACAGGAAACAUUAUGUGAGGUACGACGAAGCACCCCCUAGAUCCUACAAACCACAAAAUACGCCUAUUAAAGCAGAAGAACCCGCGGACAGUCUCACCACCAACAGGAAACAUUACGUGAGGUACGACGAAGCACGGCCUAAAACCUGCAAACCUAUACUCACUUACGAAUCUGGAGGAGAGUUAAACCUCACCAGCUGCUAUACGAAGGAUUUUCAACCCAAAGUGGUGGAACCGACGAAAUGCAAGAAGAAACCGGACAUUCAUAAAGACCCAGAAAGAUUCCAGGCCGAACCACCUUACAGACGUUAUUACUGCCAGUGGAGGUUACCGGAACGUGUGUUUAGAACAUGGCCUGUCUGGUUGUCGUCUGACGAAGAAAUGACCUGGAGAACGACGUCGCGAACCGACUUCCUCCACCACCACGCGACUCCCCGUGAAAGCUGUAAACCGCCCAACGUGCGCGUGAAGACCGACAGCCCAUUCGACAGCACAUCAAUGUACAGCGCUCAGUUUGUACGGCACGUGGUUUGUCCAGUUGAGAAAAGAGCUAAUGCGUUUUUUGCAGAACCGCCACCGUGGAUAUGACAGCCAUAUCACGUGAUUUGUUGGGUUUAAAAAAAAAGAAAAAAAAAAAAGUUUUUUAUUAGAGACGUACUUUGACAUCAGUUUAGUCAGCUGGUUCAGUGUUAGUCACGUGGAUUAAUAUUUUCAUCACGUGGUUUAUUAACUAAUCACGUGUUUUGGAAUUCUUUAUGUGCUUUAGAUGUUAUCAUGAAGUAUGAUCGUUUUGUUUUACACAAAUCAAACAUUUUUGUUGAUAUUUUAUCUUGGUGAUCGAAGUGUACUUCACUUGAGUAAAAAACUAUGUACCAUUUAUUUACUUAUUAUUUAGUAUUUAUAUAUUAACUUAUUUAUUUAUUUAUUGUACAUUACAGAAAAACAUAAAAUAUUUGUAUGUGAUGUGGAACAGAUAUAAAAAUGUGUAUAUUCAGUCAAAUUUCGAAAAAACAAGGCAUUAUUCAUCAAUUGUAAUAUACAGACUUAUUUAACCAUAAUAAUAAGAAGAAGAAUAAGAAUAUUCUUAUUUUUAUUAUAAAUGGCUCCAUUUAAUUUAUGUACAAUCUUUUUUUUUGGGGGGGGGAGGGGGGUUAAUAAA